CCGGGUAACAAUACUCAUAGACAACCAAAAUUUUAUGGUCUCUGAUCAUACUUCUUAGUGUACAAAAGAGUAAGCUUAUAUUUACAAAAUGGAACGUGAAAGUGAUGCCGUGAAGGCCCGCUGCAGGUCAGGUUGCGGCUUCUAUGGCAAUCCAGCUACAGACGGACUGUGUUCUAUUUGCUAUAAGAAUACUUUAAAGAAAAAGCAAGAACCUCCAACUGCUUCUACACCAACUACCACUACUACAUCCAAUAGCAGCGCUAUCAGUAACUCAAGUAACGCAGCUUCAAAUAAUGGACAAGGAGCUGACAAUGUUUUACCUUCCAUUUCUACUAGAACUGGUCAAACAACUGUACCGUGCCUCGAAAAGGAGAACAAUGCUGCUGAGGUGGUAUCGGCUGAAGUUUCAAGUGAUAACAUCUCUGAAAAACCCAAUGGCAGUUUUGAUAGUAAAGAUAGCGAUAAAGAUUUGAAAAAGAAGAAAAAUCGUUGUACUACAUGCCGUAAGAAGGUUGGUUUAACAGGUUUUGAAUGUCGAUGUGGUGGAUUAUUCUGUGCUGUUCAUAGAUAUAGUGACAAGCAUGAUUGUGGAUUUGACUACAGAGAAUUAGGUGCCCAAGAAAUUCGCAGAAAUAAUCCUGUUGUGGUGGGCGAAAAAAUUAAAAAAAUUUAAACUUUUAAUAUAAUUAACUAAGACAAUUCAUUGGUAAUUUUAUAAAAAUCUCAAGAUAAUUUUCAAUCAAUAAUAAAUAACAGUGAACUACCAGAACAGUAAUAGUUCUUCUGUUUCGUAAUAUUAUAUGCCAAUGAUUUCAGGUAAUGCAACUAGUGAUGCUGAGUGUUUGCAGCAUAUUAGAUAUGAUUAUUAUAGCAAAUUUAGUGUUAUCAAAUUAAUUAUUACGUUGCAAUAUUGCUUUUGUCUUCUAUGGUAAAUUACUAUUUCUCAUGUUUAUUCUAACAAUAGUCAGGUGAUGUAAACUAUUACACCUUCCCAUAUUUUUAUUACUAAUACAUUAGUGUCUUAAGCGCUGUUUGUUUUGUCAAAGUUGUCUUAAAUGUAGUAGUAUAAACCAAUUAAAAUAUUGCUAGUUACAUGCCUAAGAGCAUCAAACAUUAUUGUAAAUAGACAUAUUUUUGUUAAUUCCCUUAAUAUUUAUGUUUUAAUUCUUGAAGAACUUUUACCUACAGUGUUAUAUAUAUAUUUUACAAAAUAGUAUGUUCAAAGCAAUGUAUAUUAAAUUAUUAAAUGCUUAGUUGUACAGACAAUUUUAAAAUAUGACACAUGCAGAUUACAAAUGUAGUAUCAAUGAAAAUUAUUCUUAAAAAAAAUUAAUAUUAAAUUCAGUACAAAUGAUGCAUAAUACAAGAGAUCAAGCCACGGCGUGUUUUAAAUAUGUUAAGCUAUCUGAGGCUCUCCUUCUUAGUCUUUUUAUGCUACCAGUUGCUUAGCAAUAAUUUCAUAAUUAUUGACAAAAUCUAUUACACAUGAACACAUACUCUAUCUUGUUCUCAA